AUGGAGCUAUUUAACUCGGCUCUUGGAAAAAAUAUCACCUUUGUGCAUCCUGCAUUUUUCAUAAUCAGUGGUUUAUCUGGAAUCCCAAACAUAGAACAUUACUAUGUCUUUCUCUUUUUUGUUUAUAUUGUUUCCGUGCUGGGAAACACAACUGUGAUGGCUGUCAUAUGCUUGGAUCAAAAUCUGAGAACUCCAAAAUAUGUAGCAGUUUUUAACCUGGCAUUUGUGGAUCUGUUUGGGAACUCGGCACUAGUGCCAAAAAUUCUUGACAUUUUUCUGUUUAAGCAUCACCACAUCCCUUACAGUGACUGCUUGACGUUCCUUUUUUUCUGCUACACCUGUCUUUCAAUGCAGUCAUUUAAUCUGAUUGCUCUGUCCUAUGACAGAAUGGUGGCCAUCAUAUUUCCUCUGCACUAUCAAGUGAAGGUGACCCACAGGUUUAUGUUUUCUUUGAUUGCCUCUUUCUGGGUUUUUGCAAUAAUUGCUGUUCUUAUUACAGUUGGUCUUCUAACAAGACUUUCCUUCUGUGAGUCCGUAGUUAUUAACAGCUUUUUUUGCGAUCAUGGCCAGAUAUACCGACUUGCGUGCAAUGACAAUUUUUCCAAUUAUGUCAUUAGCUUCUUGUUCCCAGUUCUUAUUUUCUGGCUUCCUUUAGCUGUUAUCUUGUUAAGUUAUGUAUAUAUUGUCUAUACUUUGGCUAAAGUAGCCACAUUUCCACAAGGACUUAAGGCUUUUAAAACCUGUACAGCUCAUCUCUCAUUGGUGGCGAUGUACUUUAUCCCACUGUUAAUUACGUUUACCUUGAUGGAAAAAAUACACCCAAAUGCCAGAAUUUUAAACCUGUCUCUGACCUCUAUCUUUCCUUCCAUGUUGAACCCAUUUAUAUAUGUCCUGCAGACACGAGAAAUCAAAGAAUCUGUGAAAAAGUUACUGAAACUCAAAAGGCGAUCCAAAACUACAGCAAAGAAUGUAAAACAUAUUUAG